AUGCAGACCACCAGUGGGGAAGCUGACCCUCUCAGCGCGGAACCAUUCUCGCUUCUUCCCCGAGCGGCUCCGGUCUCGACUCUGCGACAGGAGGCUGCGGCACAGUGCGAUGUGCAUCCCGAACAAGUGCAAGACCUGUACAAGGCGACCCCUCUGCAGGAGGGCCUCGUGGCGCUCUCUCAGACCCAGCCGGGUGCCUACAUCCAUCAGAACGUUUUUGUGCUGCCGCCGUCGCUGGAUCUUCCACGCUUCCAAUCGGCGUGGGAUGUGGCUGUCAACACCACUGAGAUUCUGCGCACGAGGCUCAUCUACUCUGCGGAUGGGACCACGCUGCAGGUGGUGCUCGACGAACCCCUGUGCUGGAACUACGACGGCGAUCUGGACGCGUACCUCUCCAGGGAUCAAGAACAGUCAAUCGGGUACGGCCAGCCCCUGUCGCGAUACGCCAUCAUCGACAACGCUCAAACUCGCCACUUUGUGUGGACAGCCCACCACGCCGUGUACGACGGCUGGAGCGUGGCCCUGAUCCUCAACCGGCUCACCACGGCAUACGAGUCGCAGACGGUCGAUCCAUCACCGGCGUAUGCUGGCUUCAUUGCGUACCUCCAGGACCUCAAAUCAGAGCAGCAAGAGGCGUACUGGAGGGCUCAGCUUGACGGGUGUGCUCCGCCCAACUUCCCACCUCAGGGUACGCGGUCCGCCGAAGAGGAGCAACAGCAUCGCGUCUUCACAGAGACGCUCCCCUUCACCCAGCGUAAAGGCUCCGGGUCGACUGCCUCGUCGCUCAUCCGUGCCACGUGGGCUCUCCUUGUUGCACGCUACUCUGGCGCAGACGAGGCCACCUUCGGCUCAACACUGACCGGGCGAAACAUCCCUGUGGCUGGAAUUGCAGGCAUUAUCGGGCCUACCAUCGCCACCGUGCCCGUCCGCGUGCAACUGCGACAAGACGAGUCGCUGCAGGCUCUGCUCUCGCGCAUCCAGGAACAGACAACCGAGAUGAUCGGCUUCGAACAGAUGGGACUGCAGAAUAUCCGACAGCUCUCGCCUGGAGCAGAGCAGGCCUGCAGCUUCCGGAACCUGCUCGUCAUCCAGCCUGGCUCCGACGCAGAGGGCCCGGCACUCCCAUCGGGUCUGGAACGCUGCGACCGCGCUUCAUCCGGCUUCCACACCUUUGACCUCGUCCUGGACGUCACCACGCACACCGAUCGUCUUGAGAUCCAGGUGGAAUACGAUGCAGGGCUGCUCGCUGACAAGCAGAUGCGGCGUAUCCUGCACCAGUUCGCCCACCUCCUGCAGCAGCUCAACUCGCUCCCUCUCGACCAGCCCGUCUCCAGCCUCAGCCUUGCCAGCCCCGAGGACGAGGCCGAAAUCCGUACGUGGAACUCCCGCCGCCUGCGGUCCGCCCGCAGGCUCGUCCAGGAGAACUUUGAGAACGAGGCCCUCCUGCACCCGGCCCGACCGGCAGUCUAUGGAUGGGACCGAUCUUUCACAUACGGCGAACUCGAUUCCGCAGCUGAGGCUCUAAUCCAACACCUUGUCUCGCUAGGUGUUGGUCGUGGAUCCUUUGUCCCGGUCUGCUUCGAGAAGUCGGCCUGGACGAUUGUCGCCAUGCUGGCUAUCUUGAAGGCUGGUGCAACCGUUGUGGCACUGGAUGCCUCGCACCCGACUAGUCGACAUAGCCUGAUUAUUAGUGACGUCUCUGCCACGCUCAUCUUGGUUGGCGAACGGCAGCGACAUUUGUUCUCGGAGCCCACCGUGCAGGUUCUCGUUGUCAACGCUGCCGUUCUCGAGAGCCUUCCGAGCGCUCAACACCUCCCUACAGAAGAACCCAGCGCUUCGGAUAUUGCCUUUGUGAUCUACACAUCGGGCAGCACGGGAGUCCCCAAGGGGGUCCUCCUGAGCCAUUCGGCAGUGUCGACCAGCAUGGACGCUCAUGGCUCCGCCUUGAACAUCGGCUCGUCCUCCCGGGUGCUGCAGUUCGCUUCAUACGUGUUUGACAUUAGUCUUCAAGAGGUGUUCACAUCCUUGAACCGUGGCGCCUGCGUGUGCGUACCUUCGGAAGAGCAGCGAGUCAAUGAUCUAGAAGGCUUCAUCCGCGAGGGACAGGUCAACUGGGCGUGCCUGACGCCAACCAUCGCCUCCAUCCUGUCACCAACAGCCGUUCCCACUUUGCAGACCCUCACACUCGCUGGCGAGGCCGUGACUCAGAAAGCAGUGGACGUUUGGCGGGAUGAUGUGCAGAGCUUCAACAAUUGCUACGGCCCUGCGGAAUGCACCAUCUACUGCUCGUGGAACGGGUCCCUCGGAGAGCACGGGACAAAGCCGUUCAAUAUUGGCCGAGGCCUGGCCAGCCACCUGUGGGUGGUGGAACCGCAGGACCACGAUAAGCUCACCCCUGUAGGUUGUGCCGGGGAGCUGCUGAUCGAAGGCCCGCUGGUCACUCUGGGCUACCUCAACGACGAAGAGAAAACUCGCCAGUCCUUCAUUGAGGACCCCCGCUGGGCCUUGAUCAAUGACAAGCGGACCGGACGUCGCUUCUACAAGACCGGCGACCUAGUGCGCUACACGUCUGCGGGCUCGCUUGACUACCUGGGGCGCAAAGACCACCAGCUCAAGAUCCAUGGCCAGCGCGCUGAGAUUGGAGAGAUCGAACACCAGCUCCUCCGAGGCGGCGAAUUCGAGCAGGGGCUGGUCCUGCUGCCUGAAUCGGGCGCUGCUCGCCAACGCCUCGUCGCGGUGGUGUCUCUCGGAGCCACCAGCCCUGGCUAUGACCGCAUGCAGCUCGUUGCCGGUCCAGACGUGGCCCAUGCUAAAUCACAACUGCGUCGCCUUCGCUCUCGCUUAGUCGGGGAUCUUCCGUCGUACAUCAACCCCUCUGUCUGGUUCAUCGUCAGCAGCAUUGCCCUCAAUAUCUCGCGCAAGGUGGACCGCAAGCUGGUGUCUCGCUGGGUGGAGGCGAUGAGCGAGGAUUCUCUACAAGAAGCGAACACACUGGCUGCAGAUGACGAAGGAACCAUCGUUGCCUGCAGUAGCAACGAGGCACAACUCCAACAGCUCGUGGCCCAGGUCUUGAACCGCAGCCCCGAACAGAUCCUCCUCAACCGUUCCUUUGUCAGUCUCGGGGGUGACUCCAUCACCGCCAUGCAGCUCGUCGCAAGAGCUCGAGCAGUACAAGUCCAGCUGACCGUUCGCGAUAUCCUCAAGUCCCCCGAUAUCACCCAGCUGGCAACCCUCGUGCAGACGACCGAGGGGGGCUGUAUCGCUCGCCGAGGAGACACCGGACGUGGAAUUCGCCCUCACCCCGGUCCAGCACAUGUACUUUGA